UUUACUCCUUCAGAGUUGCCUGAACUCGGAGAUCUCGGAAAUGGCGAAGAAGCGAGACCGCCGAGUCGCACCGAGUUCGAAUCGCCGUGCCGACAGAGUCGAACAGACGAUUCAGAAUGAAGAACUCGUUGACUCUGCCUCCUCAGACCGAAGGCCCGUCAUCAUCUUCGUCGUCUUCUUCAUCAUAUCUCCCGCGAUCGCUGCGUUCAUCUACCAAAUGAAGUACGCAUCGCGUACGACUCGUACGGACGAUUCUUACGUCCACCAACGAGGCCUCGUCAAGCCUGAUAUGAAUUACCACGAAAUUCUUUCCGAAAAUACGAAGGUUUCAGAAAAUGUGUCUCGCCGGCAUUAUAGCUACCCUGUGUUAGCCUAUAUUACUCCAUGGAAUUCAAAGGGCUACGAAAUGGCCAAGAGAUUCAACUCCAAGUUGACGCAUUUAUCACCAGUCUGGUAUGACUUGAAAAGUCAAGGAAGCAACUUGGUUCUUGAAGGUAGACAUAAUGCUGAUAUUGAAUGGAUAUCACAGCUUCGGAAGGCAGGAGAUGCUAGGGUGUUACCUAGAGUUGUUCUCGAAGUAUUUCCCAAGGAGCUGCUUACAAAGAAGAAGCAGAGGAAUAGAGCCAUUAACCUCAUAGUUAACGAGUGCAAGGAAAUGGGAUAUGAUGGUAUUGUGCUAGAAUCUUGGUCAAGGUGGGCUGCUUAUGGUGUUUUGCAUGAUCCAAGCACACGGAACUCAGCAUUGCAGUUCAUAAAACAGCUGGGACAUGCACUGCAUUCUGUUAUCUCCGAGGGGAACGAUAAGCUGCCGUUGGAAUUGGUGUAUGUUAUAGGUCCACCACAUUCAGAGAAGCUCCAGGCACAUGAUUUCGGACCUGAUGAUCUUCAGAGCUUGGGUGACGAUGUGGAUGAAUUCUCACUUAUGACAUAUGACUUCUCAGGUCCGCACAAUCCAGGUCCCAAUGCACCUCUGAAGUGGAUUAGUUCCACGCUGGAGUUGCUCCGAGGUAGCAACCGCAAAGGCGUUUGGGGCCUCGCCCACAAGAUUUUUCUUGGCAUCAAUUUCUAUGGAAAUGAUUUUAUUCUUGCAGAAGGUGGUGGUGGUGGAGCUAUAACUGGAAGUGAUUAUCUGUCAUUGUUGGAGAAGCACAAACCACGUUUGCAAUGGGAACAGAACAGUGCGGAACAUUUGUUCUUUUACUCUGAUGAUAAGCACAUCAAUCAUGCUGUAUUCUACCCAUCGUUGAUGUCGAUUUCGACGAGGCUAGAGGAAGCUCGGAAAUGGGGAUGUGGCAUCUCAAUCUGGGAAAUUGGGCAAGGUCUUGAUUACUUUUUUGAUCUUCUAUAGAGCAGUCUGAUGUCUUUUAUUUAACAUAUUGUUGAAAUUGUAACAAAGUUAUAGUUGAAUAUAGCAGUAGCUGGAAGAGUUCUUUUUGAUCUAUUAGUAGUCGGCACUAAAUCUUAUUGCAGGUUGCAGCUUCAUUUCAUGUAUUAAAAAUUUUCAUCCAAAACAACCACUUGCUCUCGCAGAGCGUUUCUUUAAUCAAGGGUUGUGAAAUGCAACACGCUUUUCUACCUUAUUUUUC